CCUCGCCUCCCCGCACCUCGAAACAACUCGUCCGUCAACCUAGCCUAAACACCAUAUAUCAGCAGCAACCCAGUCAAAACUUCCUUUCCUAAGAAACAAACUUAUCUACGUGCUGCUGCUUCCCCCGACAGUUGCCUCAGAGCUGCUUGCAUAUCGUGGCGAGAUCUUAAAUCUUCCCCCGCACCUAAAACCUCCAGACUCGCUCAUCAGCAGCACUACACAACAAUUGACCAUCAUCACAUUUCAGUCAGGCGCACUCACUCACCCAUCCACUCACUCACCACCCCCGCACUUCCUCAAGAGUCAAAAAAGAGUUCAACCCAAAGCCAACCAACCCGCGUCUUACAACCAGUCAGUCAGUCAGUCAGUCAGAGUCACACAAUGGCAGGCAUCGAAACAACCCACACCCCAGCCGCCUCCGGCGCCCCCGUCCCCGUCCCCGUCCCCGACCCGCCGCCGCGACGCCUCUACUCCGCGUCCGAUGAGCCGCCUUCCCUCGACGCCCUCAAGUCCCUCUGCGCCCAGACCGCCACCGCGGCGCAGUACCCCCUCGCCGCCUCCAUCGAGCUCAACGUCCCCGUCUACGCCCUCCCCGCCUACCCCGCCGCCACGCCCGCCCUGCGCGCCGCCCUGCAGGACGAGUGGUACCGCGUGCUGCUCCGGGGCCCGGGCGUCUUCGUCGUGCGCGCCCUCGUGCCCGACGGGAGGCUCGUCGACGCCGCCAGCGCCGUGUUUCGCGACAUCAUCGCCCGCGAGAGGAGGCGGCAGCGCUCUUCCGCUGAUGGGGACCGGGGCGGCGGGGAUGGUGGAGACGGGAGAGAAGGAGAGGGAGGAGAGGGAGUAGGAGGAGGAGCAGGAGGAGGAGAUCACUUUGCCGGCGCGGGCCACAACGACCGCAUCUGGAACUCCUUGGGCAAGCACGCCCUCGCCGACGCGUCCUCCUUCGUGCGCUACUACGCCAACCCCUGGCUCGCCCUCAUCGCCGCCUCCUGGCUCGGCCCGGGCUACCGCCUCACCGCGCAGGUCAACAACGUCCGGCCCGGCUCCCGCGCCCAAGUCUGCCACCGAGACUACCACCUGGGCUUCAUGUCUGCGGCGCAGUGCGCGCGCUUCCCCCGCGCCGCCCACACCGCCACCCAGUUCCUCACCCUGCAGGGCGCCGUCGCCCACGCCGACGCGCCCCCCGAGAGCGGCCCCACGCGCCUCUUGCCCUUCAGCCAGGCCUUCGCCGAGGGCUACCUCGCCUUCCGCCGGCCCGAGUUCGACGCCUACUUUCUUGGUAGCUACGUGGCGCUGGCGCUGCGCAAGGGCGACGGCCUCUUCUUCAACCCGGCUCUGUUCCACGCCGCGGGUGAGAAUAACUCGCACGACGUGGAGCGCAUGGCCAACUUGCUGCAAAUUAGCAGCGCCUUUGGUAAGCCUAUGGAGACCAUCGAUACGCGGCCACUGGUCGAGAGUUGCUGGGAUGAACUGCGGCGGCUGCACGCCGAGCAGGGUAUGAGCGAUGAAGUCUUAGCAGUUGUCGCCGCUCUCGCCGAAGGGUACCCCUUCCCGACCAACCUCGACAGAAACCCACCGCGGUCCGACGACAUGGCGCCCCAGUCAGAGCAGGAUGUGAUUCUGCGAUGCCUCAAGGAGCAUUUCAGUAGAGAGGAUGUACUCGCCGCAUUGGAUAAGCACAGGUUCACGUCACAGGCAUAGCAGGCAGGUACAUGUCAUCUUUUACCCACUGAAUGGAGGUUGCUUGUUGGGGGAGCAUCCUAGGGAGUUCCCUGAUAAUGGCCCAUGGAAAGGCGUAUAUGAAAAGGGCUUGAGCUGGACUGUGGCAGCACUGAAAGCGCACAUGGCCCAGGGCCUCGUCGGUCACCAUCGUGACCAGACGAAGAAAGUAACUGUUGCAUCACCGCGUAUCUUGUGAGCAGCCGCUCUCGUGCCUAGGUUUGACCCGGCAACAAGUAGCCUGCGCUCAUGACCACGCGAUCAGCGCCUCGGCCAGCGCAGCAGCACCGCCGCGAGGAUCACAGGCAACACACUCACCAGCUCUCCGAGCCCCGCGAAUUGGGGCGGAAUUCUGGCCUUGACAAGAGCCCCAGACGCGAGCAGC